CGCGGGCCGGGCGGAGUGAGGCGGGGCUUUUUAGGACUGCGGUCGGCCUAGUCGGGAGCGGACGGCGGGCGCGUGCCCCUGGGACGAAGCAGUAGGCACCGCUGCUCCUGGCCGGAAGUCUGCGGGUUCCGCGGGCACGGUGUGGACUCUCGCCUCAGUCCGCCGACCUUUUCGCCACUUUCCGGGAUGGGUUGAGGGCGCCAGCGGGCCAAGUGCACUUCCUCCACGAUUCCUUCCUGCGUUCCCUGUAUCUCAGAUUCUGCGAGUCCGCAGCUCGAGCCCUGGCGCCCUGUUGACAGGACCUGACUUCAGAGACUGGGUCCAUUGCUUGCAAGCCACCCAGGCCUAGUCGCUUCUUUCUUUUUGCCUACUAGUUGUGAAAACUUCCGGAAAGGCAGUUUGGUUUUAAGGGAUCCAGGUAUUGGAGUUGAACCGUUCGGGUGCUCCUUGCUGUCAGCCUGACCUUUGAACCUCAACGACGCUCAAAUGAUGAAAAUACAACUUCAGUUGUUCCAGAUCACUAUCUUGAUUCAUCGUGGAGAAAUGAGAAUGGCUUUAUUCCUUGGACUCUGGAUAGCACCAUCAGUGAAGAGAACAGAGCUGUCAUUGAGAAAAUGUUGUUGGAAGAAGAAUAUUAUUUAUCUAACAAAUCAUUUCCAGGAAAAUUCUGGGUUACUCAAAAGGAAGAUGAUAAAAAAUGUAUGAACAGUCUACAGAAAACAGCAAAAAGCAUGGUACAUUCUUCUACAAAACCAGCCAGUUACUCAGUAAAGUGGACAAUAGAAGAAAAAGAGCUGUUUGAACAAGGGCUGGCUAAAUUUGGCCGAAGGUGGACCAAAAUUGCGACACUAGUUGAAAGUCGCACUGUUUUACAAGUGAAGAGUUAUGCCAGACAGUACUUUAAAAAUAAGGUAAAGCAGUGUGUGGAGAAAGAAGUACCCAAGAAGAGCAGCAAUAAUCUUCAGGUUAAAAAUAAAGAUGAAGGGACGAAGGCAUGGACAUCGUGUUUAAGGGGACUUGCUGAUCCCAACUUGAAUGCAGUAAAAAUCGAGAAGUUAUCUGAUGAUGAGGAAGUAGACAUCACAGACGAGGUGGAUGAGCUGCCUUCUCAAACACCACAGAACAAUUCUAGCAGUCUUCUCCCUUUAGACAUCCCUAAUAGUCAGGUGCAUAAAACCAACCAGGGAGAAGCCAUAGACCCAGAAGGACCCAUUGCUAAAUCUUACAGGAAGGAUCUUCAGAAUGUAAAUCAAGGUGAAACUGAAGCACUUCCAAGCUCCAAAAUUACAUUAAAGACUGAAAAACAAAGCAAUAGUGGUAAAAACUCAGAUGAAUUAAAUGAUGAGAAAUAUGAUAAACCCGUUGAAAAUUGUGAUGGGGUAGGUGGAAAUGAAAUAACAGAUGAUGCAAGGCAUUGGCCUUCUCCAGAGCCAUGUGAGAUUCAGGGUUUAAGUGGAAAUGAAAAGCUUUUGCAUUCUUCUUGCCAAUUGGUGGAGGAAAAUCAUGAGGAAGAAGAGCUUAAGCCACCAGAACAGGAAGUGGAGAUAGAUAGAAAUAUCAUUCAAGAAGAAGAAAAGCAAGCAAUUCCUGAGUUUUUUGAGGGGCGCCAAGCUAAAACACCAGAACGCUACUUGAAAAUUAGAAACUACAUUUUGGAUCAGUGGGAAAUAUGCAAACCGAAAUACUUAAAUAAGACCUCAGUACGUCCUGGCCUGAAGAACUGUGGGGAUGUUAAUUGUAUUGGACGGAUUCAUACAUACCUCGAAUUGAUAGGAGCAAUCAAUUUUGGAUGUGAACAAGCAGUAUAUAAUAGGCCACAGCCAGUUGAUAAAGUCCGAAUCAGAGACAGAAAAGAUGCAGUAGAAGCGUACCAACUUGCUCAGCGCCUGCAGUCAAUGCGCACAAGGAGACGAAGGGUCCGGGACCCCUGGGGAAACUGGUGUGAUGCAAAGGACUUAGAGGGACAGACAUUUGAGCAUCUGUCUGCUGAGGAGUUGGCAAAGAGAAGGGAAGAGGAAAAAUGCAGGCCUGCCAAAUCUUCAAAAGUGUCAAAACUACCAAAAAGCUCAUUUGAUCCCUUCCAACUGAUACCUUGUAAUUCUUUCAGUGAAGAAAAUCAGGAGCCAUUUCAGGUCAGAGUGGCUUCAGAAGCACUUUUAAUCAUGGAUUUGCAUGCUCAUGUGUCUAUGGCGGAGGUAAUUGGUUUAUUAGGGGGAAGAUACUCAGAUGCUGAGAAGACAGUUGAAGUCUGUGCAGCAGAACCAUGUAACAGUCUGAGUACAGGACUACAGUGUGAGAUGGAUCCUGUAUCACAGACACAGGCUUCAGAAACCUUGGCUGUUCGAGGCUACAGUGUUAUUGGGUGGUACCAUUCCCAUCCUGCAUUUGAUCCUAAUCCUUCCUUACGAGAUAUUGACACGCAGGCCAAAUACCAGAGUUACUUCUCCAGAGGAGGAGCAAAGUUCAUUGGAAUGAUCAUUAGUCCAUAUAAUCGAAAUAAUCCUUUACCAUAUUCCCAGAUUACCUGCUUGGUUAUCAGUGAAGAAAUUAGCCCUGGUGGCUCCUAUCGUUUACCUUACAAAUUUGAGGUACAACAGACAUUAGAAGAACCUCAGUGGGGAUUAGUCUAUGAAAAGACAAAAUGGAUAAUCAAAAAAUACAAGCUUUCUCACAGUAGCAUCCCCAUGGAUAAAAUCUUUCGCCGGGAUUCUGACCUAACGUGUUUACAGAAACUUUUGGAGUGUCUGAGGAAAACACUGAGCAAAGUAUCCAAUUGCUUCAUUGCUGAGGAAUUCCUGACUCAAAUAGAGAAUUUGUUUCUUUCUGAUUAUAAAAGCAAGCAAGAAAAUGGACUGACUGAAGAGAGCUGUACAAAAGAGUUUUUCAUGUAAUUAUUUUAAAGUUUAUAACCUUGACAUGAUGCUUUAAAUAAUUGUAAUUUUACAGAAGUACAACUUGGGUAUCUUUUGCUUUUAAUUUACAAAAAUCCAGAGUUUCCCACAUAAAUCAUGUUAAAGGAAGUGAUUGGGACUUGUUUUCAUGUAGUGGUUAUCAUAGUGUUAGAUAAACCAGCAUCUAUUGCAGUGUCCUACCUGUAUUACAUAAUGCAGUAGACUAGGAAAACUUAAGCAUUGGUGUGUGUAUUCAGAUUGAUGAGUAGAAUGUGUCUGAUUUCUACUUCCUCUCUGAAGUUGUCUUUAUUUUACAUUUUGGCAUUUCAUAGCUCACAAAUAUUUUCUGUUUUCCCAUAUGUUCUGGUGAGAUUUGUGUGUUAUUUGGGGAUUGCAAAUGAGAAAUGGAAAUAAUUAAUGUGGUUGAGAAUACUGAUUUACAAAUCCAGCAGUGUGCCAUUGAUGGCAGCGAUACUCACUUCAUGUGAGUAUCUUAAAAACAGAUAAGAGACCAAAGGAGAGUUAACCAGUGUUGAAUCAUACAUAUUUACUUCCAUUUAUUUUAUAGGAACAGUACUGUAAGAUAUCCAUCUCCUCAGCUAUCUAAACCAUUCUGUAGGAAUUUACACAUGAAAUAAAGAGCUCCAACUCUGUUUAUUUACAGUAUUAUAUGAUAAAACCUCACUUAAUUUGGUAAUAUAACCCACAGUCUAGGUUUUUUUCUCCCUGCUAUCAGGAGAAAGACGAAUGCAAUAAAGUUUGAAUUCAAGUUAGAUAUUUAAUCAUUAGAAACAAAAAGAUGCCAUCUAGUAUUUUACAUAUUUAACUCAGUUUCCUAUACUUUCUGAAUAUGAAAUGAAGAUUAGCAAACGUUUUCAUGUAAAGGGCCGGUCAGUGAAUAAUUUCAGUUUAUUAGCCACAUGUGUUCUUUCAGACAUUCUUCAUGUUUGUGCGCAUAGGUAGUGGACUUUACGAAGCACAGGCCACUGCUCUGGAGAGCAGAGACCAUUAGAACCCAGUUUGCUUUCCUGAGCCAGAGACCUUGUUUGUCCUGCAUUCUUGACAAACAUCUGCAAAACUUAGAAUCAUGAUCCACAUUGAAGUACAUCUUCCUGCAGAAACAAGCUCUCAUGCUGCCUCAUUUAUUGAAAUAGAUUUUAGUUUAUUUCUGUUAACCAGAGAGCUGAUACAUACAUCCAUUCUCCAAGCAGCAUUCUUUUUAGUAACCAUUUCAUUUCUAAACUGAAUGUAAUUCUAGACCUUUGUUUUAUUUGGUUCCGUCAGUAGUCAGAGAGUAAGGCAGUAUUGGAAGAAGCAGCUGCGCUUCCUCCUGACCUGAGUCCUGCAUCAGCUGUGGGAUUUGAGGAGGUAGUUUGCUUUCUCUAGACCAAAUGACUUGAAGUCUAAUUUAACUUCUAGUAUUCUGCCAGCUCUAAAAUUUUAUCAUUCCGCAUGUUAGACUGUACCUUUGGAAUUAUGUUUUGAUAUUGUGCCAUUCCCAAAUUAAUAUUUUUUAAGAAACUAGUAGGCUUUUUUUUAAAUUUCUCUGUGUACAUUCAAUAUGAACAGUGAAACAUAGUUUAUAAAUUUUCCUUGAAGCCUAGAAGUAUAAGAACUCUGGAGCAAAAAUCAUGAAACCGGAACUCUUAGCUGAAUUCUCUUGCCAGCCUUGGUAUGUGACUUUGAUCCAGUCAUAUAUUCUAAACUCCAGGUCCCUCAAUUGUAAUUCAAGUUCUAAUUUUAUAACUUGGUAUUCCUUCAAGCACAGGAGAUUUGUAAUUCUACAAAAGGCAAUAGUAAUUCAAUCCUCUGUGCUUCCCUUCCUCUUGGCCUGUUUCUUCGUAGGGUGUGGGGAACAGACACUAGAAACUGGUGUUGAUUAGCUUUCUUGAUUGGUAUUUCCUUGUUGAAUUGUUAAAAGUUCUUUCUUAAAUCUGGGUCAUCCACACGCCACUGGUUAACCAUACUCAAUGCCCUUAGCCACUUUGUGAGGACUGAAAGGAUGGUAGUAGUCGAGUGUUGAGGGCUUUGAAAACACAAAUGGGGUUUGGUUGUUUUGUUGUUGUUGUUGUUGUUUUUUAAUAUUUUUUUUUAAUGGGGAUGAGUGUUAUGCCUGCAUGCGUGCAUGUAAAUACACCCAUGUCAUGCAGUGCCCACAGAGGACAGAAGGGGGUGUCAGGCCCCCUGGAACUGAAGUUACAAACAGUUGUUAGCCACCAUGUGGGUUUUGAGAUUCAAACCUGGAUCCUCUGCAAGAGUAGCCAGUGCUCUUAACUGCUGAGCCAUCUUUCCAGCCCAGAGAACACAAGGUUUUUAAACGACUACUUAGUUUUUUCUUUCUGUUUUUCUGACUAUAGACAACAUUUAUAUCUUAUAACAUAUUUUUAAAAUAGAAGUAUACCAAAGUACAGGUAUCUCAUCUGCUAUCCCGAAAAAUCACAGUAAACACAGUUAAAUUCUUCCCCACUUUAAAAAAAUAUGUUUUAUUUAUUGUUUUUAUGUGUAUGAGUAUAUUGCCUGCAUGUAUGUAAGUGUACCCGAGUCAUGCAGUGCCUGCCAAGGUCAGAAGAGGGCAUUGGAUUCCCCUGGAACUGGAGUUAGGGAUGAUUGUUAGCUACCAUGUGGGUGCUAGGAAUCUAAUUCCGGUCCUCAGUGCUCUUAACCACUGAGCCAUCUCUCCAGCCCCUCUUCCCCACUUUUUAACAGCAUUACUUUAGAAUAUUCAGAUUUACAGUUUGUCCCCCUCUUUCCUAUCAUCCUCUGUACUCCCUUCUUUUCUCUUGUCAUGGUCUCUACAUACUUUUGCAACUGCAGCUGCCCCCAUCCUGGCAUUGCCAGUUUUGGCCUCCUGAAGCCUUAGAGAAGCACAGAGGAGUUGAAAACCAAGAGGCACAUAAUGCAGGUUGUUGAGGAAGCAGACUCCCAAAGAAAAGCCUGUCCCGUAGUCUUUGCAGGAGGAGAGCAAGAACCCAGUCCCUUCAUUCUGUAUCCUUUACCUUUAUUAUUGCAUACAGCUGUAAAAUAAUGAACUUAAUUUUGUUCUUGUUCUCACUUGGCUAAGGAAAAUUGAUACUAGUACUCCUCCAAUAUUAGAAUUAGCUUUCUUCAAAAAUAAUCGUUCAAAAUAACAUCAGGAAAAAAGUGAGACAAGACCAGCAAGUUGAAAUUCUCUUUCCCCUCCACCACUUUACCUUGAGCUAUUCUCCAAUCCUAUUAAAUGUGCAGUUUUCAUUCCUAAAGUUGAUUUGACCCUGUGUUCAGCACACCAUGAAUUUUUUCAUGCCCCAAGCAUUUUCACCUUCUUGGAACCAUUAUUCCUUACAAAGCUUAAAAUUACGUUUUAUAAUUGUGUUUGUGUAAAAUGGCAUUAUUAAUGUUUUGGAUUAAAACAUUCCUUUAAUCUAAAACUUGCAUUUUUUUCUAAUAGAGUUAAAACAUUCUUGCAUACCCUUCAACAUACUGUGAGCCUGAGACACAGUGUCUAAUGAAUAGAUUUGCACUGCCUGUGUUGAGGAUGUCACUGGAAAAAUAACAGUAUUCUCUGCCCUCAGCACCACCUCUGGGUUUUGCCACUCCACCCAGAAGUACUGUGGCUCCCAUUGUCACGGGCCUGCGUACCUCAACCGCAUUCUUCCCCACCUCAGUCAGAACCCAGGAGUAUUGCUUCUUACCUUCAUCCUCAAAAAAAGAGAGAGGCAGUACUUAAAAUGAAUAGAUGUUUUUAUUCUGGCCUUUAACCUACUUUUACAAUGUGCAUCACACCUUACAGGGUAAAUACCUUUCUUUCUGCCCACUUCCCUCAAGCCCUUUCCUUUGUCCUCACCUCUCAUUGUAUAGCUGUAAGAGCUUUCUGUCUGAGCUAGAGAGUUGGCUCAGCAGUUAAAAACACUCCACUUACAGAGGAUCCAGGUUCAAUUCUUAGCACCCACAACCCCCCCGUAACUCAAGUUCCAAAGGAUCUGAUACCUUCUGGCCUCUCUGAGUACCAGGCACAUGAAUGGUACAGGCACCACUUAAACACAGAAAAUAAAUUUUAAAAAAAAUCUGUAUGUCAUUUAUUGAAAGUAGUAAACAGACCCAUUCAGAUUCCCAUAGCUAUUUAGUGUUGGUCCAGGCUUCUCCCCAGAGUGUUUCUCUCAAGAAUGUUCCUCCUCCCAAGCUUAGAAGUAGGGUGAAGUCUAUGACAUACAGACUAAACAGUCAGCCUCUGCAGCUCUCUGGGCACAGGAAAUGGCAGCCUCAGCAUACCAGUGCAAGCCAGUCUCCUGCCCUUUAGUUUACCUUCUUCCCGUGUGUAUUACUGAGUCCUGACAGGGAGCUGAAGGAAUUAAUAUAACAUAUGCUUAAUAGUGCUGUGUCCUAUGCCAGCAGCAGAAGAGCCACCGAACACCUGACCAUGUGCUCUAUAGCCACACAUUGCAGGUCAUAGUAGGCAUCCCAUCUGAGUUUCUAGUGAAUGGACUCAGAGCACCCAAGUUUGUUUUUUUUUUUUCUUUUUUCUUUUCUUUUCCAUCCCCAUCUCUCACCUCUACCACUAAUGACUACUAAAUCUAGCGUGACACAGUAUGGCAUGGAGGAAAAGUACUUUCACAGAAGCACGAAGAAAGUACAUAAUUAAAAAGAAAUUUGAUUUGAAUCUCUGGUUUAUCAUACUCUAAUAAUAUUCUUAAAAAUUAAUGUAUUUUGAAGCCAGGAGUGGUGGUGCAUGCCUUUCAAUCCCAGUACUUGGGAGGUAGAGGCAGGAGAGGAUCUCUGUGAGAUUGAGGCCUGCAUAGUGUGUUCCAGGCUGGCUGGGGCUACAGGGAGACCCUGUGUCAAAAGAUUUUUUUAUUUAAUAUAUUUUACAGUAUGUCCAGAAAAAUUACCAUGGGACAGUAGUGUAAUAUACUUCAGCUUAUUAUUUCCUGGCCUUUCCUUAAAAGGUUUCAUGCAUGCUAUCCUGCCUCCAACCCUGUUUUCUCCGUUUUUGUUUUCCUGUAAUUGUACUUCUUGGUAUUUCUUCUAACCUACCUAAUUUCCCUAUUGUCUCCACUGAAUCAGAGGAAAAUAAAAAUAUCCAAGAGCUGGGAGUGGUGGUGCAUGUCUUUAGUCCCAGCACUCAGAGGCAGAGGCAAGUGGAUCUUUGUGAGUUCAAGGCCAGCCUGGUCUACAUAGUGAGUUCCAGGCCAGCUGGGACUACAGGGAGACCCUGUCUCAAAAACACCAAAAAAAAAAAAAAAAAAAAAGCCAAGGAAAACUUCAAGGGCUCUAUAUGAGACUAAAUUUUAAAAGGUUAAUUUAUAAUAUAUGGGUGUUUUUAUUUUGUUCCCUUGGUGGUUUUUAAAUAUAUUCAUAAGAGAGGAAAUGCUGGAUUUGUUGUCUCUGAUGUUUUCUAGUAAUCUUGAGAAUUAAAGCAUCUAUAUGUUUUUACAGUUUGUAUUCCUGUUUGACACAUUAUCAUAAAACUACUUGUUUUUAGCCUAUGAGUUAUAAAAUUGUAAUUAGAUUCUAGCCUGAUUUAUGUAAAUCUGUCAUAUGCCUUUAAAUUUGUGGAUUUGACAUGUACAGUAUACAUUGUAUAUGUUUAUUAGAUAUUGCAUGACUGUUCAUAAACUAGUUGUUAUUUUUCCCCAAAUAUUACCAGUUUUUGUGGAUUUUUUCACAAGUUUGCAUUUCACAAUGUUUUAUAACACAGUAUAACAAAACUGUUUUGUAUAUUUAAAUAUGAUGCCAUGUUGUAUAUAUAUAUUAAAAAUAUUGUAAAUAUCAGUGUUUGUAAAAUUAUGAAAGACUUCUAAAAAUAUGAUUAAGCUCUUCCUUCCAUAUUUAAUUUGUGACAUAUUAUAACAUACCAAAUUUUAAGCUUUGAGAUUUUUAUUUUAUGGUAAAAAUUAAGGGAAAACAUGUUGCCAAGUACAUGUAAGUAAAUUUUUGGAAAAUAAAACAAGCUAUCUUUGGUGUUUGCAAAUUA